AUGAGUCUCCCAUCUCUGAAGCAGUACCAUCGAAAGCCCUAUGCGGCCAUCUCUCCCUCACGCCAAGAACUCAGCCAAGCAGGCAAAACUAUUGUAGUCACUGGAGGCAAUAGUGGAAUUGGAUAUGCCAUCGCCCGUGGUUUCAUCCAAGCUUUCGCCAAACACGUCAUUAUUCUGGGCCGCCGUCAAGACGUUGUGAAAUCCGCCGCUGGGAAGCUCGCUAAAGAAGCAGACAGCUUUGGGUCGUCUACUACGGUUGAGGGCAAAGUCUGCGAUAUUGCAAGCCUUGAGUCUACGGAAACAUUCUGGGAAGAGCUUCAACGUAAUGGAGUCUUUGUCGACGUUUUGGUCCUCAAUGCGGCGGCGGCUGGACAAUCAGCCCCCAUUCUCAGAAGUGGCCUUGGCAAUAUCUGGGCGGAAUAUGAAGCUAAUGUACGCUCUACAAUGGAUUUUACCGAGCGAUUUUAUAAGCAGACGGUCAAACAAGGUGCAAGCUCUCGCAAGUUCUUGGUGUACCUCUCGACUAUUGCCGGAUAUAUGUGGCAGUCAAUGGCUCCGGAACGUCCAAGUUAUGGCAUAACCAAGAAUGCUGCUACACUCUUGGUUCAACAGAUUGCCAAAGACACUGAUGUAAACGACAUGCAGAUCGUAAGCUUCCAUCCAGGUGGCGUUCUCACAGAGAUGGCUCGCAAGUCUGGCGCAAGCGAGGACCUGGGAAUUCCUUUUGAUGAUGAGAACCUUCCAGGCCAAUUUGCAGUCUGGGCAGCUAGCCGAGAAGCUGAACAUCUGCAUGGUCGAUUUGUCUGGGCUAACUGGGAUGUUGAUGAAGUGAAGGCUGUUCUGGGUAAGCAGAUUUCGGAAGAGCCUAAUUUCCUAAAGGUUGGAAUCGAAGGGCUAUCUGAAAAAUUUCCCAAUCCUAUGAUAACACCUGAGCUGCUUCAGAAGAUUAUGGAAUUUAAGCAGCAGGCACACCAGGCUAAAAACUAGAUUGUAUUUAAGGGCAAACUGUACCGUAUGGAACGGGACUUCUACAAAAUAAGAGUAUG